AUGCCUGGUUCGAGGAUCUUCACCACAGAGGCAUCAGGGGUUACAAAAAACACAGUUGGGCCUAAAGGUCAUAGUAUGCUAGCACCUUUUACAGCUGGGUGGCAGACUUCUGAUUUAGAUCCGAUGAUCAUAGCAAAAUCCGAGGGAUGUUAUGUGUAUGAUGCCCAUGGGAAAAAGUAUCUUGACUCUCUUGCUGGUCUAUGGUGCACCGCCUUAGGAGGAAGUGAGGCACGGCUUGUUUCUGCUGCAGUUGCGCAGCUGAAGACCUUGCCGUUUUACCACUCCUUUUGGAACUUUACUACUAAACCUGCACUGGAUCUUGCUCAAGAUCUUUUAGACAUGUUCACAUCCACAAAAAUGGCUAAAGCGUUUUUUACAAACAGUGGAUCAGAGGCUAACGAUACCCAGGUUAAGCUGGUUUGGUAUUACAAUAAUGCACUUGGAAGGCCCAAGAAGAAAAAGAUCAUUGCAAGAAGCACAUCGUACCAUGGCUCCACUCUGGUAUCAGCAAGUUUGUCUGGCAUCCCGGCGAUGCAUCAGGACUUUGACUUACCUUCAUCAUAUAUGCGAUACACGGAUUGUCCUCACUAUUGGCGUUAUCAUCUUCCCGGUGAAAGUGAAGAGGAGUUCUCAACCAGAUUAGCCAAGAAUUUAGAAGAUCUUAUUCUUAAAGAAGGACCAGAAACAAUUGGUGCUUUUAUAGCUGAACCACUCAUGGGUGCUGGGGGUGUGAUACCUCCACCUGAUACCUACUUUGAAAAGUACCAAUAUAGCAUAUCAAUUAUCAAAUGUGAUACGUCCAAGCUAUUCUUAAGAGAUAAUAAUAUCUUGUUCAUUGCUGAUGAGAAUAUCAAACCUUGUUGCAGGGAGAGGAAGAUACCAGAGAAUGUAGACAGAGUUGCGACAAGGUUUCAAGAAGGUCUUAAAGCUUUCUCCACUAGUCCUAUAAUUGGAGAGAUCAGAGGAACUGGUUUGAUUCUCGCCACUGAGUUUACAGAAAACAAAUCGCCAGAUGAACCAUUUCCACCAGAAUGGGGUGUUGGCGACUACUUUGCAGCCGAGUGCAAGAAGCAAGGGAUGAUAGUCCGUGUUGCAGGGGAUCUCAUAAUGAUGUGUCCACCCCUCAUUAUCUCACCUGAAGAGAUUGAUGAGUUGAUUACUAUCUAUGGGAAGGCGUUGAAGGCGACGGAAGAGAGGGUGAAAGACGUCAAGACUCGGCAAAAGAAGUGAGAAGCAGCAGAGUCACACAUUUCAGUGCUUAAAAUGCAUAAUAUUCAGAACCAUAAUAGAGAUGCAAUGUAUCUUUUUCUUUUCGAAUAAUACAAGUCUAGUUAAUGUAGUGCAUGUGGAAAUCGAAUAGACAACAAUACGACUUCUCAGUUCUUACUAUGUGAUCAGAAACUAAAAGAUGCAUAAAAGUUUAAUAUUACUUGAAAACGAAAUACAUAGAACAAUUUUAACAUUUUACCAAACAAAAAAAAAAAACAUAGAACACUACUGAAUCAGAGAGCAUCUCUUUUAAACAUCUAUUAGAGAACAUGAUUAUGUUAUGGAACCAUUCAAGAACGAGGACGUUUUUUAUUUGCUUCUCGUUUCAAUCUUCGCUCUCUAGAACUUAGUGAAGUCUUGAACCCUGCUCCCUCUCCAUUCUCCGAGUCGUACAAAUCUUUAAACGAUUUCUGCAAACAAGAACAAGAAUGUCUUGAUGAUCUUUCUUCUACUCAGAAACUGAACAGAAGAGUUGUUUCAUAACAACACGGACUAACCUCUCUGAUCUCGGCGAAGCUGACGGCAUAGAAAGUGACGACGGAGACUGCGAGUAUUCCCAGAACAGGGAGACCGAUAUGGCUUAGCCCAUCCAUUUUCUUUCUGUCUCUCAACACAGCACAACAC